CCGCGAGGCCGGGCUCGACGGCUUCGGAGCUCCGGCCAUGACUGCGCGCGGGAGCGCUAGCCGCUUCCUGACCAGUGUCCUGCACAACGGGCUGGGUCGCUACGUGCAGCAGCUGCAGCGUCUCAGUUUUAGCCUCAGCCGUGACGCGCCCUCGUCCCGCGGCGCCAGGGAGUUCGUGGAACGGGAGGUGACCGACUUCGCCCGCAGGAACCCCGGGGUCGUAAUAUACGUGAACCCGCGGCCGUGCUGCGUGCCCAGAGUAGUGGCCGAAUACCUUAACGGGUCUGUGCGCGAGGAGAGCAUCCACUGCAAGUCGGUCGAGGAGAUCGCCACGCUGGUGCAGAAGCUGGCGGACCAGUCGGGCUUGGACGUGAUCCGCAUCCGCAAGCCCUUCCACACGGACAGUCCUAGCAUCCAGGGCCAGUGGCAUCCCUUCACCAACAAACCGACAACGCUGGGCGGGCUGCGCCCUAGAGAGGUCCAGGAUCCUGCCCCAGCCUAGCGGCUAACACAGUGAAGAGUUGCUCCACCUAUUCCAGUCCCAGGGUUUGGACUCUGACCCCAGCAGAGUCCCAGUAGAGGUAGUUCUUCCUUCUGGUUUGGUUCACGGGAGACAGAUGGAGCCCACCAAAGGGGAAGCUGACGCCAAAGCUUUUGCUUGGGAUAAAGAAGAGCUGCCUGUUUCUUGUUGAUGUCCCCUGUGAGGGGCAGAGACUGUGAGUCUCCUAAUUCUGAUCCAGCUGACAUCUCUGAAACCCGAGAGUCUUCAGAUUUCACUGGAUCUUCAUUUCUUAAAUCCAGAUCUCAAAUCACAGUGAGCAGAUUUAAGGCUGGCUUCUGAAGAAUCCCUCAUGUCCUGUUUUUGCAGCCAUUGACCAAGAGAGAGCUAGUACCUUAUACCCUGCUGUGAGCAUGGCAUUGGGCUAGGUCCUUUAUAUCUGUGAAUGUUUGUGUGCAGAUUAGAAAACUGAAGUUAAUAAACUUGUCAAGGUCACACUUGAAGUCUGCUUCAAAAUAGGCAUAUAUUUAAACUAUAAUGCCAUUUUUUAAUCUUAAAACCAGAAGCGAGCUUCCCUGGUGGUGCAGUGGUUGAGAGUCCGCCUGCUGAUGCAGGGGACACGGGUUCGUGCCCCGGCCCGGGAGGAUCCCACGUGCCGCAGAGCGGCUGGGCCCGUGAGCCAUGGCCACUGGGCCUGCGCGUCCGGAGCCUGUGCUCCGCAACGGGAGAGGCCACAACAGUGAGAGGCCCGCAUACCGCAAAAAAAAAAAAAAAAAAAAAAAAAAAAAAACCAGAAGCAAAAUGAAUAAUAACUCUUCAGGAUGGUGUAGUAUCAAAGGCCACGUGAUUAGUCUAGGCUUGACCCUUGGAGAGAGUGAUUCUCAGGCCAGCUGAUAAAUAGGCAGCAUCUUCUAGGCUUAGCUAAAAAUGAGGUGAGGGACGGGGGGAGAUGGUGAGAAAAAGAGCCAGGAGGUAAAAGCCUAGAAACUGUUGUAUGAAUUCUUGAACUGUUGUAAUUUUGUUUGUCAUCCCCUUAUCACCAUGAUCAAUAAAUAGUGAGAGCCUUUAAAAAAG